GAUGGCGACGCCCAUGAGGAGGACACUGGUCGCUCUUCACAGAGCAACAUUGAGCAGUUUCAAGAAUGCUGAGGGGUCUCUGGACGUGCGGCAUCCCGUCCCGCUGUACCUGCCGGUCCGCACUAAGAAGCGGUACUUCGUCCCUCCGGCGGCCGGGCUGAAGGGAAAGAAGGAGGAGAACCCGGAGGCCAAGGCCCGAGCUGCAGGCCUCGUCUUCAGGCAGCAGUACUUUGAGAGGCCCAUCAACAUCGCCUGCACUGCGGGCAUCUUUGACCCCUACAUCCCCCCGGAGGGCGACGCUCGUCUGUCCACUCUGUCUAAAGAAGGCCUGAAACAACGAACUGAACAGAUGCGACAGAGCGCCGGCUCACAACUAGCGAUUCGUAAAAUCAAAGAGCACGACUCUCAGUUCACAACGAAGAGUUUUGCAGAGCGAGCUCAAGAAAUGUUCAUGGAGGCCCACGACGCCCUGACACAGUUCAACAAGGAGAAGCUUCACUCCCUGGUGACAGAACGGUGUUACCCUGAGAUGACGAGGGGGAACCGUUACAAGACGAUCAGCUGGAGGUUCGUCGAGUCCCUGGAGCCGCCCAAAGUGGUCCACGCCCGCUGCCCUGACAUGAUCACCAAAGGAAACCUGUACGGCCAGGUGACAGUCCGCAUGCACUCCAAACAGAUUCUGGCCAUCUACGACCGCUUCGGGAGGCUGAUGCUGGGCAGCGAGGACCAGCCGAAGGACGUCUUGGAGUACCUGGUCGUAGAGCGGCACCUCGUCAACCCCUACGGCCGAUGGAGGUUACACGGGAAAAUAGUGCCGUCCUGGGCUCCGGCCAAAGACCCAAUUAUCAAGACUGUCAUGAUUCCAGGUCCAGAGCUGAAGCCAGGACAGGAGUUUGAGGCCCUCAACUAUGAAGUUCCCAAACCAGAGGCGGUUCAGUGGAAUAAAUAGGCCACCGGGUGGCGCUGCUCUCAACAUCAAACCACACUGAGACACUAUGAGCAGUCAUGCGCCAAAUGCUGUUUACAUUCUGGCUGUGGCUGGUUAGUUUGUCCACUUUGGCAAGAAACCAGGCGCUUUGGAGGCGCUUAUCUGUUUGAGAAACGCUGUUGGCUGUAGAAACGGUGGAAGCAGCAGGUGAGUUUCAGGAUGAACAAACUAGCGAGUCCUGCAGCCAAUAAAGCUGCUGCUCUCCCUGCAACGUACAACACUCUGGAAUAAUAACAGAAAUACAUUUUCUCUAAUUAGUUUCACACAUUUUCAUGUUGUUUUAAGACUAACUUAAAAAAUAAAAUGUACAGAUCUCCAGAACUUGAGUGGUUUAUUUCUGUGAUGAAUAUACUGCACGUUGACCUCAGGAAAUACAAAAAUAAAGUCCCACCUGCGUCUCCUCAUACCAGUCGAUUCAUUUCUUUCUUUAUCAGAACAAUCUUUCACAGAAGAUAUUGCAUACAAAACAGAACAUGGCCUCUUUAUCUUUGCAAAUCAAGGGAUGUGUUACAACAAAUUACAUCAAAUUACAGCACGCUCCUUCAAAAGACACACUAACAUGCAACAAUGCUUAAAACUAGGUCACUCCAUUGAUAACAGAAACUUGGCGCCAUGUUUAAACAAUGACAUCACUGAAUGAAAAGUAAUCGCUGCAGUCGUCUGGGACAGAAUGACACUUUAGGAGCAGAAGUGCUGAAAAACUUGACACCUGAUUUCACAAAUUGCUGGCAUAGACAUGUAACUUAAUUACAUCCAUAGAGAAUACUGUUAAUAUUGUAAGUUUAUAUCAUACUACUGCUUUUAAAAAGUUGUAUUUGUUUAAAAUGGUACUCACUAAUGUCAGACAGUGAAACGUAGGGCCACUCUUGAUGUCAAUAAACUAAGCUAAUAAUAAAUAUAUCCAAUAGUCAUAAGAUAUCUUUGACUAA